AUGGCAAGCAUUACCAACAACAAAAGCAACAACGAUCGUCCACCAUCGUCCAGUCGAAGCCUUGCGGAGGAUGGGCUUCGUGUGCUUGACGAGUUGAAGCGUGUUUUGUUUUUCACGGACCUCGAUACGAUGAGCGACGAGGAAAAGCAAGCUGCGGGAUUAGCCAUGGACGACUUGGACCGUUGGUUGAGUUCUCAGGAUAAGGUGGGAAACGUCAGCAUCAAGUGUUACGCAACGACCAAAGACAACAGCACUGAUAUUAAUAAUAAGACGAGUGAAGACGAGAAGGAAGAGUCCAAGCACGAGGAUCUGGCUAACAGCAGUAUCGGUAGUACGGGCACCGCGGCAAACGAAAUGGUGGCUCUGCGCGAUUUGCUGAUGGUGCUGAGGAGUCGCAUGGACAGUACGUACAAGGAAGCAGAGAGGGUUGUCUUCUUCACGGAUCUAGACGAUCGGUCCGUCGUCAGUUCCAACAGUGAUUCCGCCGUCAACACGGCCGUUGUCAAGCUCCAACAAAUGCUGCAACAAAUUGAACGCACAGUUGCCAAACAGUUGAACCACAUGGGUGAAUCCACCAAACGAGCCUACAAGGAAGCGGAACGCACCGUCUUCUUCACGGAUGUCCCUGAAGGCGAAAACAAACCCCGGAGUUGUCCCAACUUGGGGACCACUGGUGCCAGUAGUCUGCAAAACCCGCAGCAAGGAGUCAUGAGGGAUCUGGAACGCAGAAUGCUCUUCACAGAUGUUUAG